GUUAGCACCUUGCAAGAAGGUAGUAACAUAUCCAGUCGUGAAGCUGGGAAAGGUCAGAGUUCUCAGAUCAGGAAAACAUGUCCCGCCGGAAACAGACAAAUCCAAAUAAAGUUCACUGGGAUCAAGUAUUUGCUGGGCUAGAAGAGCAAGCCCGCCAGGCGAUGAUGAAAACUGAUUUUCCUGGAGACCUUGGCAGUCAGCGACAAGCUAUCCAACAACUAAGAGAUCAGGACUCCAGUAGCAGUGACAGUGAGGGUGAUGAAGAGGAGACCACACAAGAUGAAGUCUCUUCCCACACAUCAGAGGAAGAUGGCGGGGUGGUCAAAGUGGAAAAAGACUUAGAGAAUGCAGAGCAGCCUGUUGGUGGGAACAAACUAGUAGAGCAUGAGGUCACAGAGAAUCUGAGUUCUGACCCUUUGCUUGAACUCUGCCAGUGUCCCCUCUGUCAGCUAGACUGUGGGAGCCGGGAGCAGCUGAUUGCUCACGUAUACCAGCAUACUGCAGCAGUGGUAAGUGCCAAGAGCUACAUGUGUCCUGUGUGUGGACGGGCCCUUAGCUCACCAGGGUCACUGGGUCGCCACCUCCUAAUCCACUCGGAAGACCAGCGGUCCAACUGUGCUGUGUGUGGAGCCCGUUUCACCAGCCAUGCCACUUUCAACAGUGAGAAACUUCCUGAAGUACUUAAUAUAGAAUCCCUACCCCCAGUUCACAGUGAGGGCCCCUCCAGUGCCGAGGGGAAGGACACUACUUUCAGUCCUCCAGUGUACCCUGCUGGAAUUCUACUUGUAUGCAACAACUGUGCUGCCUACCGAAAGCUGCUGGAAGCCCAGACCCCCAGUGUACGCAAGUGGGCCCUGCGUCGACAGAAUGAGCCUUUGGAAGUACGGCUGCAGCGGCUAGAACGAGAGCGAACAGCUAAGAAGAGUCGGCGGGACAAUGAGACCCCUGAGGAGCGGGAGGUCAGACGCAUGAGGGACCGUGAGGCCAAGCGCCUGCAGCGCAUGCAGGAGACAGAUGAGCAGAGGGCGCGCCGCCUGCAGCGAGACAGGGAGGCCAUGAGGCUGAAGCGGGCCAAUGAAACCCCAGAGAAGCGGCAGGCCCGGCUCAUCCGAGAGCGAGAGGCCAAGCGGCUCAAGAGGAGGCUGGAAAAAAUGGACAUCAUGUUGAGAGCUCAGUUUGGCCAGGACCCUUCCGCCAUGGCAGCCUUAGCAGCUGAAAUGAACUUCUUCCAGCUGCCUGUGAGUGGGGUGGAGUUGGACAGCCAGCUUCUGGGCAAGAUGGCCUUUGAAGAGCAAAACAGCAGCUCUCUGCACUGAAGCACUCUCCUUCUGCCCUUCCGGCCAACCAGCCCCACAGGGCUCAUUGCUGCAGCCACCUACAAGGCCAUCCUUGCUGCCAGAGGCAGAUAUGGGUUUGUUGCAGGCAGACGUGUGCACCUUGAAUGUGGGAGCAGGAUAAUAGGACCAGGAGGGAUCCAGCUCAAGGCACCCUAGACAAGGAAGCAGGUACUCCAGAGGACUGGACUCCCCAGCCACUGUAGCAGGCUGGGCUCAUGGGACUACAGGGCCCCAGUAUAGCCCAUGAAGUUGUGAGGGCAAAUAAAUUAAUUUUAUCUUUACUGGCCCA